UCUGUUCAGUUUUGUACCCUCCCAGGGAGGAGAGCAUACAUUUUGAAGUGCGGCUCGAAAGGAUGUGGUUUAGUGUGAGAAGGAAGAACCAGAUGAGGAAGAAGUUGUGCUGAACUGUGCAAAACGGGCCUUGUACUAAAUGAACGUUUUCUUCUCAGCCUUUAAUUUGUGGGUGAAUGUGAGUGAUUUGUGAUGAUGCUUUGAUGAUGAAGAAGAUGGAAGUGGAAGACCUCUGUGAGACAAGGACAUUCUGAUAGCAUGGAAGCAAAUAAUUACAACAGAUUCUUUUACGGGAAAUGAAAAGAAGGCAAACUAAUCUGACACAAUUCUUGCUAAAAACUUAAUUAAAAAAUAUAUAAUUUACUGUUUUUGUAUAGCAACCAAAAUAACUUGAGUAACAUUCUUAGGUCACAGAGAGUAGGAGAAACGCCGUCUACCACCAUCUGUGAUCAUGCUGGAAAGAAGAGAAAGCAAGACUCAACCCCUGAAUCUGUGCUCAUAGUCACAGAGGAUGAAGAGGAGGAAGAGGAGGGUGAAAUGUUGCCUGAGCACAUGAAUGACUCAGAGGAGCCCUGUAACAAACGGGUAAAGCCUGUGGUAAAGUCCAACAGCCUCACGGGGGUCAUCACCCCGGUUAAGACUCCUGCUCUCAAACGCAUCGGACAGUCAAUUUCGCGAUCUAUUAGUUUUCGCACAGAGGCUCGACCUUUGCCCACGCCGUCUCUACGAUCUCGCACAAAGGGCUCCUCAUUUCCACGGAGGCGCAACAGCCAGUGCUGGAGUGACACGGUGGAGAGCCACCACCUCACUGCCAAGGAGAUCAAACGUCAAGAGGUGAUCUAUGAAUUGACUGAGGGAGAGCGGCAACUCAUCGAAGACCUCAGCCUGGUUAAGAAGGUGUACUAUGAGCCAAUGUUGAAGUUGGAUAUCAUGACCGAGAGUGAGCUCAUGCAGAUUUUUGGCACUCUGGACUCUCUCAUCCCUCUCCAUGAAGAUCUGCUGAGCCGUCUUGAGCGUCUGAGGGGGUCGGAAAAAACUGUGGGCGAGGUGGCUCCCACACUGAUGAAUUGGUUCCCUUGCCUGGAGGCCUAUGUCACAUACUGCUGCAACCAGGUGGGUGCCAAAGCCUUGCUGGACCAGAAAAAACACGAGAAGAGAGUGGAGCAGUUUUUGCGUCUGUGCCAGGAGUCGUCAUUUAGCAGGAAACUAGACCUUUGGAACUUCCUGGAUCUUCCUCGAAGCCGUUUGGUAAAAUACCCGCUGUUACUGAAAGAGAUCCAGAAAUGCACUCCAGCAGAGCACCCGGAUGAGUUCACAUUACCUGAUGCACUGGAACUCAUCCAGAGCAUUGUGGCAGAGGUGAACAAGAAGACGGGAGAGGCUGAGUGUCAAUUCUACCGGCGGGGGCUCACCUACCUUGAAGACUGCCAGAGACUACCAGAGAUCCAACAGUCUCGUUUCCUCUACUGUCAUGGGGAGCUCAAGAACAACAAGGGCCAGCGGGUGCACGUGUUCCUGUUUGAGCUGGCACUGGUGUUGAGCAGACCGGGAGAGGAUAGGGAUGGAGGUCACGUGUUCCAUGUCUACAGACAACCUCUGCCAAACGCCUCCUUAAACCUGGAGGUGAUCCCAGAUGGAGAUGCAGGUGGAGGGGGCUCCUUCAGAGGAGCCUUCACAGGGGGAAAUGAUAAAGUGAAGAACUGUUUUCGUGUGAGCAGUAGGGGGCGCUCCAAGGCCCACUCGUACAGCCUGCAAGCCAAUGACUCCUUUAGUAAGCAGCAGUGGGUCACCUGUCUUCGCCAGGCCAUGGUCCAGUCUCGAGACAGGAAGGCCCAGAGCAGACAGUUGCUGGCUCCUCCCCACUCUGACCCUGCUCUGUGUCACAUAGCCGGCCUCAGCCUCAGUUCUGAUGCUGAGAUGGCAGAUGUCACCAGCCGCUGAAUGAUGAGGUCCUCUUGGGUGUCUAUUGACACACACUUUGUGCAAGAAUUAAACAAAUGGUUGACAUGUUGGGUGCAUCCUGAAACAGUAUUAUUGAAUGUAAAUUUAACAUGAGUCAAUGUUGUCUUUUUAAUAAACUGACACUUA